CCAUGGUAUCCACGGUAUCCAUGGAUACCUAUAAAAGUGACAGCGGCUUCGCUUUGGUAGCCUCAACUUGGCCAGCUGCGAGAUACUAGCUACUCGACAUUCUCGAUAGUACCUACCUACCUACCUAGGGUAUCCAGUAUUACGAUCGACAUGGCGUUGGCUUUGGGGUCAGCCGGUCACCUCUUUCCAGACUGUAUCAACGGCCCAUUGGCUAGCAAUGCUGUCUGUAACAAUGCUCUUUCUAUAGGGGAUCGAGCAAGAGGUCUGGUUUCAGCCCUUGAAACUGAUGAGAAGUAUUCUCUGUUGAUCAACACCUCUCCCGGCGUUGAAAGGCUAGGACUACCUAAUUAUGAAUGGUGGCAGGAAGCACUUCAUGGCGUUGCGUCCUCCCCAGGAGUCCAAUUUGCUGACUCUGGCAACUUUUCUUAUGCAACGUCCUUCCCGCAGCCAAUCCUCAUGGGAGCUGCGUUCGAUGAUGAUCUCAUUGAGGCUGUUGCAACGGUUGUUAGUACUGAGGCACGUGCUUUCAAUAAUUUCAACAGAUCUGGGCUAGACUAUUGGACUCCAAACAUCAACCCUUAUCGUGAUCCUCGAUGGGGCCGAGGCCAGGAAACGCCUGGCGAGGACCCCUUUCACCUGAGUUCCUACGUGACAGCUCUUAUCAAAGGCCUUCAGGGUGGCGAGGACCCGGAUGUACUGAAAGUGGUCGCUACUUGCAAGCACUAUGCCGCAUAUGACAUUGAGGAUUGGAUGGGCAAUGAAAGAUAUGAAUUUGAUGCCCAAGUAAACCCCCAAGACUUGGCCGAAUAUUAUAUGCCCCCAUUCGAGGCAUGCGUACGGGCAAAUGCCGGCUCCUUCAUGUGUUCGUAUAAUGCACUGAAUGGCGUUCCAACUUGUUCUAGCUCGUAUCUUCUUCAGGAUUUACUUCGAGACCACUGGAACUGGACACGCGAAUACCAAUACGUCGUUUCGGAUUGUGACGCCCUUCAAAACGUUUACUUGCCUCACGGAUAUCGCGAUACUCGUGAAGCAUCUGCUGCGAGUUCCCUCCUUGCCGGCACUGAUCUUAACUGUGGUACUUACUAUAAUCUCCACUUGCCUAGGGCUUACGAGCAAGGCCUUAUCGAUGAAGAAGCUCUCGAUAAAGCAGUCACAAGGAUCUACUCAGCACUUAUCAAGUUGGGUUACUUUGAUUCGGCAGGCUCUAAUCCGUAUCGUUCUUUGGACUUUUCAGACGUAUUCACACCUCACGCUGAAGAUCUCGCCCGGAAAGCUGCAGAAUCAGGUAUCGUACUGAUAAAGAAUGAUGGCGCCCUUCCUCUUCAGGUCUCUACAGAGAGUAACCUUACCGUUGCCUUCAUCGGAACUUGGGCCAAUGCGACGACUGACAUGCAGGGUAACUACCAGGGUGUUGCCAAGUACCUACAUUCGCCUUACUACGCAGCCAGCCAGACGCCCAACAUCAAUGCCGUCUAUGCCGGUGUACCGGGAGAUCCGAUCACUGACGGGUACCCACGAGCCCUUGAAGCCGCCGCCGCAGCGGACGUAAUUGUUUAUGCCGAUGGCCCCACGGUGGCAACCGAGUCCGAAGAGAGGGACCGCACGCAGAUUCGUUGGUCCGGUGAGAGGAUCGACAUUAUGACACAGCUAGCCGGUCUCGGGAAGCCGUUCAUCCUGGUACAGAUGGGUGGCCAGCGCGAUGAUGCACCCUUUAUCAACAAUGACAACGUCUCGGCCAUCAUAUGGGGAGGCUAUCCGGGACAAGCAGGUGGUGAUGCUAUUAUGAACAUUCUAACCGGUAAGGUUGCGCCAGCUGGGCGUCUUCCCGUUACGCAGUAUCCAGCGAGCUACGUCGACGUGCCCAUGACCGACAUGGGCCUACGGCCAAACACGAGCACCGGCAACCCAGGUCGCACGUAUAUGUGGUAUGAUGAGGCAACGGUUCCGUUCGGCUUCGGUCUGCACUACACCAACUUUACUACCACCAUCGCGGAGCCAGAGAGCGAAGACGAUUGCGCGUGUUGGAAAAUCUCCGACCUAACGAGCGACUGCACCACCGACCACAUCGACCAAUGCCCCUUCCAAACCGUGCCCGUGGCCGUAUCCAACACCGGCUCCACGACCUCCGACUUCGUCACCCUCGGCUUCAUCGCCGGUGACCACGGCCCCGCGCCCCACCCCAUCAAGCGCCUCGUCGCGUACCAGCGCUUACACGACAUCCCGGCCGGCGAGCAGCAGACGGCGAACCUGACUCUGACGCUGGGCAGCCUCGGACGCCGCGACGAGAAGGGCAACCUCGUGCUGUACCCGGGUAACUACAGCCUGCUCAUCGAUGUACCCACGCAGACGACGUGGGACUUCUCGCUCGAGGGCGAGGAGGUCGUGUUGGAUGAGUGGCCACAGGAUACGGGGAAGUAAGGGGAACUUGGUAUGGUAGGUAGGUACCUAUCCAGGGUGUCUAGAUGAGGAGGAUAAGAAGGAUAUGGAAUGGAAUGGGUUGGUAAUUAAUAAAAAUCACGGAUGCAUAAAUGCCUAACUGAAUGA